UUUUUCUUCCCAUCCCAAUUUCGGGGGUGUGUCUGCUCUGGCUUGUCGCGAACACGUGAAGUCUACUCAGUGCUCGAUCUCGCUGCCUCAAUUCGAAUCUGGCUCGCCUCGAUCUCGAACCAAAAUCCCCACACACGAACACGAGUGAUCACGCCUCUGCCCCAACUUUUCGAGAUCUUCUCUUCUCAGGCUUAGUCGCGCCGCGGUGUUCACUGUCACGAGCGCCUCUCUGGAAUCUUCCGCUUGCAAACCUCACACAGCUCUACUCGCUGUCGCCGCUCGACUAGGUUCACUUCAUCUCCCUUUCCUCCACUCGUCGGCUCCCUCUUCGUCAUCUACGUUGGGGAGAUGUCAUUGUAACGUUGAUUGAAUACCUGAAGCUUCUUCUGAUGGAAAAAGGCCAUGGAUGCCGUUUCUCUGGAAUGGUUUCCAUCAGUACCUUUUCAUGUACCACUGUUGUUACUUUGAUCUUGGUUCGCAUCCUUUAUGUUAUAUUAUGGAGCAGUAGACCAUUUAGCCGUAGAGCUACAAAACCUCUUAGCACCCUGAUUGUUCUAGGAUCAGGUGGUCAUACAGCUGAGAUGCUUAAUCUCCUGGUAGUGCUACAGAAAGAUAGGUUUGCUCCAAGAUUCUAUAUUGCUGCUGCUACAGAUAAUAUGAGUCUUCAAAAAGCUCAGUUGCUGGAGAACAACCUUGCCGCUGAGAAUGGAACCAGGGUUCCCGAUACUGCUCAAUUCAUGCAGAUAUAUCGGAGCAGGGAAGUUGGUCAAUCAUAUAUAACCUCAAUUUGCACAACUUUGAUUGCAAUGAUACAUGCAUUAUGGCUAAUGAUUAAAAUUAGGCCUCAAGUGAUUCUUUGCAAUGGACCUGGAACCUGCAUUCCCAUCUGUGCAAUUGCAUUCUUAUUUAAGGUGCUGGGGAUCCGAUGGUCAUCAAUUUUCUAUGUUGAGAGUAUUGCAAGAGUUAGAAGACUUUCCUUAAGCGGUCUGCUCCUGUACAAGUUCUGGAUGGCCGAUCAGCUUUUUGUUCAAUGGCCUCAGUUGCAAAGAAAAUAUCCACGAGUUACCUAUGUUGGUCGUUUGAUGUAGUUUAUUAGUUCCUGAUGCCGUUAAAUCCUGCAUUUUUGUUUUGUUUCUUCCAAAUGCAUUGCCAUUAUGGGCCAAAAAGAAAAUUACAUUCCAAUUACAGUAUGUACUGUUUGAGAAUUUGUGAAUGGGUGUAAAUAAUUGAGGGGCAUGCUUUGUUCUAUAUGUAUAAAGUUUUGGUCCAGUCUCCCGAAUUUAUAA